AUGUUCGAUCGGAAAGUUCUACCCAGAAAGGAAGUGGAUGAUGUUCUUGGUGGUGACGGUGCAUGGGACAAUGUUGAUCAGACCGCUGCUCAGUGCCCAAUAGACUCCUGUGGUAAUGAUAAAGCAUAUUUUUUCCAGUUGCAGAUAAGAUCUGCUGAUGAGCCUAUGACUACUUUCUAUAAGUGUACUAAGUGCUCACAUCAAUGGAGAGAAAACUAA